UGCUUCAACCCGGCUGGACGGAUCAGUUCGCUUUGAGGGUUGCUUUCGGUUGCGUGGAAAAUUAAGUGCGCGGGCGUCGACGGAGAGAUUUGUUUUGGGCCCCAGCUUUUUGGCCUAGUCUGGGUCAACGCUUUAGUUGCUUCCCCUUUUUGCGGUGUCUCGUCGUCACGAUGGUGGUUGCAUCUUGCUCCUUUGCAGAUGAUUAGUGGUGAAUCUUUUCCCCGGGGAAAGCUUGCAGCUGUUUGUGUUUUGCAUAAUGAGAAGCACUUAUUUUUUAAUGUUUUAGUGGAAAAAAAUGAUUAAUAAUUAAUACUAAUCGGUUAGCAAGUAGAAGUUGCAGCGAAAAAGCUCUUUAAAAAGUCAUUACGAAAUGCACAAAAUGACAGACAUCUGCACAUCGUCAUAAAAUCAAUACUUCCCAGAAGUACACCCUUCCUAAGUGUGUUUUUGAUUCUGCCGGAUUAAAAAAAGUGAAAUUUUAUGUUUUCGUGAAAAAACAUGAAAAAUGUCACAAAGCAUCCAGAUUCACCGGAAAAAGCCCAAUCGACAUCAUCGUAUGGAAAACGCGGCCAUAAUCAUCACUGAUUACGUGUAAAUCCACUCUUCACAGUAGCUGCCGCCAAGCCACGUGAAAGUACGAAAAAGCGCCACGUGCCCGUUGACCACACCAUCAUCAUCAUCAUCAUUGCUGCCACGCGCCCUCUCGCUUUGCCAAAUGACGUUUUUUGUGCAGUUGACCAGCAAGACAACCGGCGAACCGGCGGAGUCCGACCACAGCACCAGUGACAAUAACUACCGACUGCCAGCUCUUUUAAGCUUUGACCGCAGUGAUUCGCUGUGAGGAAUCUCAUUACUAGUUUAGAAUUUGAGAAACAUCUGACGAAAAUGGACGAGAAGGCAAUCCGCUUUCUGCCGUCGUCGAAGCCGCCGCGGGCCAAGCUGCCCAAGGUGGGAUGCAUGAGGUCGAUCACGGAUCGCAUUCCGGCCCGCUUGGUGCUCUACUUCCUGUCCUGGUCCGGCUUUCUGGUGUCGUUUAUGAUGCGCAACGACAUCAACUUUGCCCUGGUGGCAAUGGUGCGAACUAACGCUGGCGGCAACGGUACAAACUCCUCCGUCAGCGAUCACUGCAGAUCGGUCGCCGUUACCGAGAGUCCUGCCUUCGUAAACGGGAACUAUUCGACACUCGAUGAGGGAGCAAUCCCGCAGGUGAUAGAAGGAGUUGAGGAGUACGGCGAGUUUGACUGGGACUCGACGGUGCAGGCCGUGAUCAAGGGAUCGUUUUACUGGUGCUACGUGCUGUCGCAGGUCGUCGGCGGAGUUGCGACGCAGUACUUUGGCACUAAGAACGUGUUCGGCUGGAGCCAGUUCUUCACGGCCGCUUGCAGCUUGUGCAUUCCAUACGCGUCGGAUCUUCAUUACGGAGCGGUGAUUCUGCUUCGUUCAAUCCAGGGCUUUGCUAGUGGUCUGACCUGGCCAGCCAUGUACGCCAUUGUCGGAUACUGGAUUCCGCCGGUUGAGCGGAGCCGAUUCAUGUCCAGCUUCCAGGGCUUCAGCAUAGGCAUCGGGUUGACCUACCCGUUGUGCGGAUUUAUUAUUGCUUACUUCGGAUGGCGACUGGUGUUCUACACAACCGGUACCAUCGGUAUGAUCUGGUGUGUGUUCUGGUAUCUGCUGGCGUUCAACACUCCGCAGGAACAUCCACGAAUAACAGCCAACGAGCUCGAAUACAUCGAGCUGAACGUUAGUGAAGACAUCAAAAACGGAAUGGGCAUGAAGGUCCCGUGGAAGAAGAUCUUCACCUCGGUUCCCGUCUGGGCCAUUGGACUGACCACCUUUGGACGCAUCUGGGUCCACUAUACCUUUAUCAUGUCCGGCCCCGAAUACAUGCAGAAGAUCCUUUGCUUCGACAUCAAAGAGAACGGUCUGCUCAGCGGAACUCCCUUCCUGUGCUCGUACCUCUCGUCCGUUCUGUUCUGCUACAUCGCCGACGUCCUCGUGCACAAACGCCUCAUGACACUGACCAACGUACGCAAACUGUUCACUGCCCUGUCCCAGAUCGUACCCGGCGUUCUGGUGCUGCUCGUCGGCUACCUCGGAUACAACAUCGUGGUCGUGCUGGUCCUGUGGUUCGUAGCGGUCACAUUCAUCACGGCGUCGUACGCCGGAGCCAUGGCCAACAUCGUGGACAUUGCGCCCAACUUGGCCGGACCGGUGCUGGCCUUUGCCCAGACGAUCCACAUGACGGCGUCGUUCCUGCAACCGCUGGCCAGCGGCAUCAUGGUGACCGAUGCGCAAAACAUCACCCAGUGGCUGCACGUGUUCGGCGUCAGCUCGGUGGUCGCCAUCAGCUGCUACCUGAUCUACCAGAUCUUCGGCACGGCCGACAUCCAGCCGUGGAACUAUCCGGUGCCGGACGCCGAGGUGACGUCCACCGACGAUUCGGCCGUGAUCGCGAACCAGCCCAUGCUGAAGACGAUCGGAACGGCCGGCCGGGAUGACGAGGAGGACGACGAUGACGAGGAAAGCAGCAGUGGUCACUUCAAGUGAAUCACAACUCUCGGUCCCCCUCUUACGUGUUGAUAGCGUUGGGGGUGCACAAAAUGUGAAAAUCGGGGGGUUUAGUUUAGAAGAUUAGGACACAAGUUUGUUAAA